GCUGGUGGACGUCGGACAGAGAUGGGCAGUCUCUCUCGCACCCGCUCGGAGGCCGAUGCCAUCGAUAUGUGCUCUCGGGAGACGCGGGGCGGCGGCGCCGGCGACCGCGCGGCCAGCGGACGCCGAGCGGAGGGCAGUCAUGACCACGACGCCAUGAGCGCGCCGCGAGAGGACGCCGCCGACGCCGCCCCGGCGUCCGGCCGGCCGGACCUCACGGAGGUGAUCCUGGUGCUGGACGAGGAGCGGAUCGUGACCAAGGCCACGGCGGCCGGCGGGCUGGCGCCGCCCUCGCUGUCCGGGUCGCUGUCCGGGUCGCGGAGCAUGCUGGCCGGCCCGGGCCCCGGGCCCAGCAAGCUGGUGCACGACUUCACGUGCCGCAGCGACGCCGAGCCCGCGCCGCGCGCGCACUGCCACCGCCACAUCGACACCGUGUUCGUCGUCGUGGUGCUGCUCGCCAUGCUCGUCCUCGUCAUCGCCGAGUGCGUCUCCAUGAAACGGUUCUGAACGCGCCCCCGGGAUGCAGCGUGCGGUGUGAUUGGCACCGGGACCUGGACCGCCACUGCCAGGCGCGAGAUCGCCGCUACGCUGCGUCCCCCGAGGAUUCGAGCAAGGUUCCCGUGCAACCCGGACCACGUCUCUGCGACGCGAACCCUAGCAAGACGAAUCCGAACUCUUUCAAUUCGGAGGUACCCAAGAAUAUCCGCGCGACGGUCGAUGCCGUUGUCUGCAUCGGGAGAGGUACCGGCGGCGCGACGCUGGGGCUGCGCCUGGGAGAAGUGUGUUCCUCACCAUGAGCGAGACGGACGUAUACGGACUUUUUAUUUCCUCUCAUCUCAGCUACCGCUAUUGAUCCGAGAGGCUGGCGGGCCGAAUGGUUCGUUUGAGUACUUUGGAGAUGUCAAUAGAACGGCGCAAGGACGAUCACAGCGCGGCGAGCGGAGCGAGGAGGGACGGGGCGCGGCGGGGCAGCGCCUUCGAGCUUACACUCGAACCAAUUCACAGCAGGCCAGCCGGGCACGUGCGCGAUGGUAUGGGAGGGUCUUCAGAGAGUGCAAAGGCAGAGACCUGGUGUUUUUAU